CAAACAAUUAUCUCCCCUUGAUCAGUUUUGACCAGACGAAAAAAUGGACAGAUCUAUUAUUUCUUGCAUUCAAAAAGUUGUUUUAUAUGAAACAAAAGCGAGAAUAUAUGUAGUUGGGUCUAACACCACAGAGACACAGUUUCGUGUACUGAAAAUUGACAGAACUGAAUCUAGAGAUUUAGUUAUUCAUGAUGAUAAGGCUGUUUAUACACAGAUACAAAUUCGUAAUUUACUGACAAUGAUAAAUCAUGGAAAUCAACCAAAAGAUGUCAAAUCUGAUGCAGGACUCAUUAAAACUAUCUCAGCUUUUGGAAUAGUUGGUUUUGUAAAAUUUCUAGAAGGUUAUUACAUCAUUGUUAUAACUCAAAGAGCAAAGGUUGCAGUUAUAGGACCACACGUGAUAUACAAAGUUAUGAAUACAGCUAUGAUACCUAUACCUAAUGAUACUGUCAAAUAUACACAUCCUGAUGAAUCAAGGUACAAGAAGUUAUUUGAGAGUGUUGACCUGUCCAGCAAUUUUUACUUCAGUUACAGCUAUGAUUUGACACAUUCAUUACAGUUUAAUAUGAUGCCAGUGGAUUAUGUAUCAAACAGUACUGGCUUAGGCCAAUCAGAGGUGUAUGGAAUAAAGAACAGAUAUGCACAGAAAUAUUUAUGGAAUAAGUUUUUAAUAAAACCUUGUAAACAUAUAUUACAUACAGACUGGUUUAUACCUAUGAUACAUGGAUUUGUGGACCAAAAACAUUUAUGUAUAUUUGGGAAAGCAUUGUACAUCACUCUGAUUGCUAGAAGAUCAAUUCAGUUUGCUGGUACCAGAUUUCUUAAAAGGGGUGCAAAUUCUGAGGGAUAUGUUGCAAAUGAAGUGGAGACGGAACAGAUUGUUCAUGAUGCCAGUAUUACAUUCCUUGACCGUACCAAGUUGACAUCAUUUGUACAGAUGAGGGGCUCCGUACCAUUGUUCUGGUCACAAGAUGUUUCUACAAUGGUACCUAAACCUGCUAUUUCAUUGGACCAAAAGGACCCCUAUGCCAAAGUAUCAGGACAUCAUUUUAAUCAGUUGUUACACAGAUAUGGUUCUCCUAUAAUAAUCUUAAAUCUUGUUAAGAAAAGAGAGAAGAGACGACAUGAGAGUAUACUAUCAGAAGAAUACAAGGAUGUAGUGGAUUAUUUAAACCAGUUUCUGCCGGAGGAUCAAUGCAUGAGAUAUGUGGACUUUGAUAUGGCUUAUUUUAGUAAAAGGAAAAAUAUAGAUGUUUUGUCAAGAUUAGCAAAAAUAGCUAGGCAGUGUGUAAAAAAGACUGGACUGUAUAUAAAGACGAUGAAACCUGUGGAGGAAAAAUACUGGGAUCAAGAGGAAUUGAUAGGUUUCCAUGGUUAUAGAAAUGACUAUGGCUGCCUACAGACAGGUGUUGUAAGGACCAAUUGUGUUGAUUGUUUAGAUAGAACCAAUACAGCACAGUUUGCUAUAGGGAAAGCUGCACUGGCCUAUCAGUUGUGGGCACUUGGUGUUUUACCUAAGAUGGACCUGGAGUUUGAAACAGAUAUCAUAAGUAUGUUGGAGGAUUUAUAUGAAGCACAAGGAGAUACAAUAGCUUUACAAUAUGGAGGUUCACAACUAGUCCACAGAAUAGAGGGAUACAGGAAAAUAAAUCCAUGGGCAGCUCAGUCUAAGGAUAUCUUAUAUACUGUGUCUAGAUAUUACAGUAAUACAUUCACAGAUCUAGAAAAACAGCAUGCCACCAAUAUAUUCCUUGGAGUGUUUUUACCACGUGAAGGGAAGCCCAAUAUAUGGGAAUUACCUACUGAUUAUUACCUUCAUAAUAAAGAUCUAGCUGGGGUUCAGAGAAUGUUUAGGAAAAGUUACAGUCAGUGGUGGGAUUUGCCUGUUUUCAGAAGUCUACCUCUCCCUUAUGAUCAAAAGAAGAAAUCUGAAGAUGAUAGCGCUGUAGAGAAAUUCCAUGACACUGAUGAAAGAAUAAACCAGUUCAAUGAUUACUACAGACCAUUUGAGUUAACAGUACUAAAGAAUCAUUUUACCAUGGUCAUGGAGCAUUCUGUUAGGAAUUAUAAGCCCAAGUCAACCAAAGAUGACAGUCCAUUCAGUUUAAGAUUGACAGACAGAAACAAAGGAAGAACUAAAAAACUCUUCAGGCAUACUACGAAUCCUAACCUCAGUGGGAAAGACUCCACGCUAUCAACAGCAUCAACUGGUUCUGACGGAAGCAGUAGUAGCUCAGAGGGUAUGGAUAUGGAAGGAAAUUUCUCAUUAUCAGAUUCUGAUGUACCUUCACAGAGUCGUUAUGAAAAAAAGAUUGAAAACUCUUCAUCUAAGUGGACCAUGGAUCCAAGUUAUGGAUUAAAUAUUUGUCCCCCAUCUAAACAUGAUGAGCUACACUAUGCUAGAUACCAUCAAAUAGGUGAUCAAUGCUGUCAGCCUGCUGGAUAUACAAAGAAAGAUACUAGUCCUGUAGAAAUAUUUCCAAAAAGUGUUUUUAAGUUUGGGAGUAUUUAUGGAGUAGAAAUACCACCAGUGAAUAAAGUUGAUCAGGAUAUUUAUAAUAACUAUGUAGCUGUUGCUAAAGAAGGGCCAAAAACCGUUUCUACCCAGGACAGUCAGAUGUAUGCUAGAUAUGUCAAAGCUGUGCAUUGAUUGGUUCGUUCGGAUUAAACAUGCUCAAGUUCAUAUUUAUAGUUAGUAUAUGGAAGUCAGUUAAAGGAGAAAAAGAUAUAAAAUGUUGCAUUAAGAAUAGUUGGACAAACACACACUACAGAACUUUUGUGUGACCAUGAAGCAUAUAUAUACAAUUUAUGUUUGGUUUAAUAUUUGUGCAGACUGCAAAUAAACGUUUGAUUAAUAAUCUAGGGCAGUCAAAUGAACAUUUUAUUUAGUACUUUGCGAGCCCACUGAACAGCAUCUUGUUGUUACUAUUAACUCAUUCGUGAUAGAUAAAUCCUUACUUUGACUUCAAAUUUGAGGAAUGUCUUUUUUAUAAUAUCAGCUAUUUACAUCUGAAGAAGCUUUGAUUGUAUGCUAAAAAUUAGACACAAAAAUAACGUCUUUUUUAGGAGCAUUUCAUGAUGUCAGUUUU